AUGUCAACUGGCGAAGCACCACAGGCCCCCUCCCGCCACCUAACCUCAUCCCUCCUCGCCUCCAUCCCAGGCCCAGCACCACACCAAACCUCGCCUCAACCCGCCAACCCCCUAAAAGGCAGCCCGCCCUCGACACGCAACAUCUUCCUAACCCUCUACGCCCUCUUCGAAAAGGAAUUCCUACCAGCCCUGGAUCUCCUCGACAGAGGCCUAGUCACACGUUUAAAGGUGCCAGACCAUCCUACCACUCUCCUCCUCGUACGCAGCGCGCAGCAGCACAACAACAACAACAACAACAACAACAACAACCGCAAUCCUGCGUACGAGCACAUCAAUCACUAUGAAGUGAGGCUUGAUGCGUGGAGUUGUUCGUGUCCUGCUUUUACGUUUGCGGCGUUUCCAGCGAGUGGUAGGGAGGUGACUGGUGAGGCUGGUGUUUGUGUGAUGGGCGGGCUGACGCGAGGGUCUGAUAUGCCGGUGUGUAAGCACUUGCUGGCGUGUGUACUGGUCGAGCAUUGCGAGUCUUUCAAGCACUUUGCUGUGGAGAGGGAAGUGUCAGUUGAGGAGAUUGCUGGUUGGGCUGCUGGAUGGGGAGAUUGA